UGUCAUGGUGGUGUACGGUAAAUAAAUAGUUUUUCAUUUAACAUUAUUUUAGUAUUUCUGUAAGUACGCGAUAAUUCUAGUUAAUUAUGCGUUUGUCACGUUCACUAAAUUGUAUGAAAAGUUUUCUUCAUCACACACAUUGCGAUACACAGUUAUUGGCUAUUAACGAGUUUGCAUAAAAAAAAUCCCAUCUUCGCUGGUUUAUGUCUAUUAUAGAUGUUUAUUUUGUAUGAAAACUGCGAAUUUCAAGCCUCAAAUUAUUUCCAAAUAAGUUUCAUGAAUAAGUAUGACAAAAUUCUUUAAUUUAAAGUGUUAACUAUUCUUAAAUUGAACAAGAUAAAGUAACCAAAACUAGCUCCGCAAAAAUGGAUCAAACAAUUAAAUUGGAGCCUUUAGACCCGGAGCAAACUAGUCCUGACUUCAUACCGUUGCCUAACUCGCCGUCUCCAAUAGCCAUAAAGUCCGAACCAGGCACAGUUGAGAAAAAUGUUCAGAAGAGAAUUAAAAUAGAACCUGAUGAUGGGAAUAGCAAAAAGCCGCGAAUAAGCACUCCAGAGCCUUCUGUUGUUAGUGCAAACGAUGACGAUGGUGUAAUUAUAAGUGAUAGCGAGGAGUACUACCUUACAGUUUUCAAUUUGCCUGGAAAUUGGUCCUAUGUGCAUAUCAAGAAUUAUUUGGACAAAGAGUGUGGUCAUGUGGAUGAAAUGGAGAUGUUACUCAGACAGAACUCUCAGCCCUCUGCCAUACGGCUCACUUUCCAAAGUCGGGAGAGAUGUUUACAUGCCUCCAAGAUGUUGCAGGAUAAAGUUGUGGAAAAUAACAAGAUUGAAGUUAAAAUGAGCGAUUCUUAUACAGCAUUUUCUACUGACGUUACUGGAUCAACUUCAGCACCUGAACAAAGUAAAGUUGCACCAAGGAGGCCUUGGCGACCAGACCUAGAUUGUUGGGAUACAGACCCAGAAGGUCUAUAUGGAUUGAGACCGCAAUUUCUGAAAUCUUUAAACAUUACACCACCUUUGAAUAAGAUGGUUCAUGUAACAAAUUUUAGAUGUGACAAAAAUGAACUAAAAGAAGUGAUGCAGCUAGCUGGCGAUGUUCUCAUGUGUUGUGUGGUGAGCGCAACGCAAAGAUAUGCCAAAGUCAUGUACAGUCAUCCUUUGGAAGCCGUUCAGGCCAUUUCAAUGUUGAAUGGGCAAAUGUACUACGGAAAUCCUCUUAAAAUCGUAAUGGACAAAAACUUAGCAGAUAACAUUAUUCUGCCCAAAGGUUUGGCCAACAUUGGCGCAGGUUUAGGUGUCCAAGGUAGACCAAUACGAAACAUAGUACAUGAGUACCAGAGAUUUAUUAAAAAACAGAGUAACUUAUUAAGUCCUGUAGUAUUUUCUGAAAUAGAUUUCAGUAACAAUAACAUUGUAAGAGAAGAUAAUUCUGAAGAAAUUCAAGAGAAAAUAAACGACUUCUUAAAGACAUCUUUAGGGUCUAAUAACGCUAAUUCAAUUAAUUUGAGAACUAAAAAUAUUGAGGAUUUAUUAAGUCAAGACUCUAAUUCUAAGGAUGGUAGUGAUAGGAGCACUCCUGCAAGUUUGGGCUCUAAACCUAUUGAUGCUACAAAAAAGACUUGUAUAGGAACUCCCUCUCCUAAUGAUUCCUUUACUAAAAAUGGUUCUACAAGACAAAUUCCACCUCAUAUAUCAACGCCAGCAGUAGGCUCAGCACCUCACAAUCCUUUAGUCAGAUUUGGGGGCUAUAGACCCCCAAACAUACUAAACCCCCCUGUCCCCUUACAUAACCCUUUGCCUGGUCCCAGCGAGCGAUAUUACAGGCCUGGUAACCCUGGUCAAGUGCUCGAGCCUCCUAGGCACUUUGGGCCUAGGCCUUAUAUGCCGAUGCAACGAGUUCCUCCUUUUCAUCCUCAAGUUAUGCCAGGCCCUUUCCGUCCUGCGCCUAGGCCUCAAGGCCCGCCGUCAAAUUUCAAUACGCCUAGGCCAAAUCCAGGGAAUCGAGUGACUGUUAAGUUUACAAAUCUGCCUCCAUCUACGACAUUUCCUCUUCUCUGUGAGCGGUUGACUCAAUGUGGUCAAGUGAUGUCGGUCCAACUGACCACCCCAGGAUGUGCGAUAGCCACGUUUGGCCACCCAUCACAUGCUGACAGAUGUAUACAAACAUUUAACGGUAUGAACAUCGAAGGAUACAUAAUGGAAGUUAAUUUUCUGUAAAAUUGGGUAAGUAUGAAAUUUAUUUGCCAGUGACGAGGUUUUUGAAGCUGGCUGCUCUUUUAAAUUAUAGGUACCGUGUUAGUUUAACAUCUAGCAUUCUAGUGCAUUUUAGAUUAAUUCCAUUAUUUGAGAAAAUAUUUAAAAGUAUUUCAAAACAAUAUAUCUACGACAUUUUUCAUAUAUCAUUUAGUUAAAAUUUAACAUGCAUAGCGAAAAUCAUUUUGUGUUAGUAUUAUUAGUUAGUAGUAUUUACUGUAACAUAUAAUUUAGUCUACUUCUUAAAGUUUUGUCCUUUAGUAACAAGUUAGUUAGCAUGAUCAAAGGUCUGUUUGGGUUGUUCAAUAAAAAAAUAUGUUUUAAUUUUUAUCAUUUAAUCACCAAAAAAUACAUAGCCGUUAAUAUUACACUGUUCUGUAACUUAGAUUAUUAAAUAUAGAUCCUAAACAAUUUUCCUUACCAAGUAACUUUAUUUUUGAUAAUUUUUAGUUAGGUUAUACAAAGCUGUUUAGAGUGUAAUUAAGCUUUUGACUAAAAGUCUGAUAUUUUGCUGAAUAGUCUUGGGUUCUAAUCCCGGAUCAUGAGCGAUCUUUUAAAUGAGCUUAAGAUUUGUUUUUCUUAUUAAUGGCUACCAGUUUGGCUAGUAUGGAAAUUAAAUAUAAUUAUUAGAAGUAAUAAGUUUAUUUUUAGGUCAUGUAAAUAUGUGUAUUACAUUUAAUAUUUCAAAAGGAAAACUUUGAAAACUAAAUUAAUUAAAAAAAAAAAACUAAUAAUUACUUAGUUAUUAAGAUGCCAAACACCUACAUUUGGUAGGAACUAAAUAAUUUGCAUUGAUUUACUAAUAGGUACUAAGUAACUUUUGUAAUAUAUAAUAACUAGUAACCUUGCUAAUUUAUUUUAAUACCAUGAAAAUUGUUUUCUCAUCCCAUUCUUCCCAUUCUUAGUAAUUAAGAAACCUAUUUCUAAUUUCAAAUAAAACAUUAAUUUUAAGGCUAAUAAUUUUAAGGUUUAAUGUAGUUAAUAAUAUUUUUACUGGCAACAUAAUGCUAGAAAUAUACCUAACCUGUUCGUUAUAUUUAUUUGCAAUUUUAUUAUAUUAAGGCCAAAUAUUAACGUUAAUAUAACUAAUGUAUUUAUAGUUUGUAUACAUUUCUGUAUACAUUUGUAUUCUGUAUGUAGAUUGUAAGUUUAAAAUAAGAUUAAUCUUAGUUUUAGUGUAGCCAGUUAAAAAUAAUGACACAUGUUAAUCACUUAGAAUUAAGUUUUACUUUAAGUAAACACUUAUAUUACGAGUAGGUAGCUACUUAGAGAAAAUAAAUACCAGAAAUUGUCA